CUUCUUUCUGUUUUGCUUCUGAAUGGCUUCAUCCAAGCUGCUUCCUUCAACGGCAUCCGCUACUACUUUCAAUUGACAAGCCUUGAGUACGGGAACUAUUGACUGACGCCUACAUAUUAACCCAUCGCGCUUUUUAUCCUUAUACUUACGUCACUUCCAUUCCAUUCCAUUCCCUGGCUGCCUCUCUUGGGCAGGUCCCGUCCUUCUAGAGCUCAACACUCAGUGUCUGUUUGCAUCGCCGACCACCCCGCCGAGACCUUUCUGUCAAAAAGUCAUGUUGGACUCACAUCAGCCACUACAAUGUCCAUCCAACCACUCCCUGGGGACGUUAUCGCCCAGAUCAAGUCUUCAACGGUUAUUACCUCCCUGAACGGCGUUGUUGAUGGCCUGCUUCGAAACUCACUCGACGCCAGUGCAACCAAGAUCAAUAUUUCUAUCGACUACAGCCGUGGAAACUGCUCGGUUGAGGACAAUGGGCUCGGUAUACCUCCAGCCUGUUUUCGUGAGGAGGGCGGUCUCGGCAAGCUUCACUAUACCUCGCGAUAUCCGCCACAUCCCGAUUUCCAUGGAAGACAUGGCCAGUUCCUAGCUUCUCUAGCAGCUCUGUCUCUGCUUUCCAUCUCUUCUCAUCAUCAUGAGCACCGCUCACAUAACGCUUUAACGAUUCACAACUCCCGAAUCGUGGCCCGCAACACUCCUGCUCUUCCCGAAGAGCGCCUUCUGGCCUUCCCAAGUGGAACGCGGGUUACUGUUCGCAACCUUUUCGGCUCCAUGCCCGUCCGCGUAAAGCAGAGGGCCACCCAAAUUGAACGACUGGGCACGGCUAAGAGCCUUGACCAACUCGUCCAUACCAUUGUUUCCCUCCUUCUUCCUUGGCCAAACGAGGUCACUGUAUCCAUCCAGAACGCGGUUUCUCAACAUUUCAUUACGCUUCACACUGCCGGGAUAGCCAACCAGUCCCAAGACCGUCGGAACCUUGCUGAUGAACUGGUGCUGCGGGCCUCCAGCCUUUUUGCUCAAGCUUCACUGACUGAGGAACAGGACUCCAAGUCAUGGGUUCCAGUUGGAGCCUCCGUACCUGGCGUUUCUGUGAGCGGCUGCUUCUGUCUCGUCCCUGUAGCAACAAGGCGGGUGCAAUUCAUGUCUUUGGGCAUACGGCCCCUAUCAAAUGAAAGCGACUCCAAUAUUUUGUACGAGGAGGUCAACCGCGUAUUUGCAAAUUCCGGUUUUGGCGUCAUCGAAGAAGCAGCACUCAACGAAGGGCAGCCAAGGAGGAGAGAAGGAUUCACUUUAAAAGAACUCAAGUCAAGAAAAGGAAUCGAUCGAUGGCCCAUGUUCUUUCUUCAAGUCAUCAUGUCGGGGCAAGAGGACUCUCUCAAUGCCGAUCACUUUCUAGACGAAAGGCAGCAGGACCUCUCCAUCAUCACCGACCUUCUUCAGGUGAUAGCCUACGAGUUCUUAAAGAAACACCAUUUUCGGCCCAAGCCUGUCAAUGCCUUGGAAAGACUCAAAUCUUCAAGGGACAAAUUGCCCGAGUCCAGUGGUCUCAAAAGGUCUGGCUCCCCUUCGUCCUCACAGGUAGCCUCCAGUCGCGACAAGAAGCACACCCCCUCGGACUUAGCGCGAUUGACUCCCAGUAGUUCUUGGGCCAGCUCAGUCAACCGUCAUAUUAAAGAAGGUAGUUCAGCCUUUUCUAGAGAGAGAGCCGUCAAAUCUGCCAGCACACCUAGUCAAAACGUGGAAAUCGUCCCCUGGGCUCAAAAUCCACUGUUUGACAGAGCUGGUAAGCUCAUACGAAAGCCGUUCGAGGAUGUCGAGCCACAUCCAUCAAGCAAUGCUUCCUUCGCGUCGCGGGGACCGAGUCGACAGUCCAGUCUGCCCCCAAGCUUGGACAGCAGCAAGACGGACAACUAUGUGGAGUGGGUAGAUCCCACUACGAAUACCAGAACACUCAUAGAUCCGCGGACUGGCUUUGUAAUUCGACCCCAUUCUGCCCCCGGAACGAAACCUCGAGACACUCUAAAGCCACGUCAAAAGGAGUCACUACGUCAAGGUGGUGUCCCGGCGUCAAGAAGAACCGCUUUCCAGCCUGUCGAAGCUCCCAUACCCCAUGUGCCCGGGUUGUACGAGUCUUCGGAGCAAGGCGCUCAUCAUAGCUGUAGUCGCCACUCCAUGGGAGCCGUCAAUGUGGAACUAACCAAUGGAGGGGCCUUGGUUACCUUGCAGGGCCGAAUAUCCAGAGAUGCCCUGCGUACGGCAAUUGUCGUUGCACAAGUUGAUAAGAAAUUCAUCUUUGUCAAACUGGCUCCCACGGAAGUAGACAAAGUCUCCCCUAGCUCCGACGUUGACCGAAGCAUCCUGAUGCUGAUCGAUCAGCACGCGGCUGACGAGCGCAUCCGCGUCGAAGAUUUGAUGAAAUCCUAUUUCACCAUUGUCCGCCGCUCAGAUGCCACAGAGUCAGACCAAAUGAUGGCCCGAACACAAUCCCUACAACGCCCUCUCCGCUUCGACCUGUCAAAGCAAGACGGGAACCUUCUUGUCAGAUACAAAGCACACUUCGAGUACUGGGGCAUUUUCUACGAAGUCUUCGCACGCCAGGAACACUCGACGAGGUUCACCGUGGAAGUACAGUCACUGCCACCCAGCGUUUUGGAACGGUGUCGGUUGGAGCCGCGAGUGCUGGUCGAGUUGCUUCGGAAGGAGAUAUGGAGGCUGAAUGACAACCCCGGUCGGGGCUUGUCUACGAGUCGUGGGAUCAGCGCCACUCAUAAAGAGGGAGAACGUGACUGGGUCGCUAGGUUCCAUGAUUGCCCGGAAGGUAUGUUGGAGUUGUUGAAUUCUAGGUCUUGUAGAAGCGCCAUCAUGUUCAACGACGAACUGUCUCUGGAUGAAUGCAGCAGCUUGGUCUUGCGGCUGGCCAGUUGUGCAUUCCCGUUUCAGUGUGCACAUGGGCGACCGUCUAUGGUUCCCCUUCUCGAUCUGGGAGGUGGGUUCGCUCCCUAUUUGAAUUCGACUCUUCCCCACGAUUUUGGCAGGACUCGAGGCGAGGGAAAAGGCAAGAACAACUUGUGGUCUGAAUUAAGGAGUUGGAGACGGGAUAAGAUCAAAGACUAGUGAACCUGGCAAACUCGGCAUAUAGGCAUCUUGAGAUGAUUAUCUGGGGCUCUUGUUAUUGUGUACAAACCAUUUUUCAUGAGAAGAUGACAUUCCAGACACAUAUUUUCCUGGUAUGAGUUGAUUUUUACCGCUUCAGUUGGCAAUUGCGGAAGAUACAGGAAGACGGUUGAUUGGAAUGUUUGUUUGGAGGACUUCAGAUCAAGAGGGGUCAUACGCUGGCGCUGUCGAUGGCUUUGAAAUUUGCGACACGCCAAAAUCUCACUGACGGCGUCUGAUGCCAUGCAUCGUCACUCCACAACUUUCAGGCACCUCUGAUCAGUCACGAAUCACGUUUCGACUAGCGAGAAAAAUCUUUACGCGUAAGCAGCUAUGCGUCGAUAUUACUUCAUGAUAAUUAUGACGAUGGGCAUGUCGACGGAAAAGAUUCGGCGGAGUGGUGUCUUCAAAGACUGCGCGCAAUACCCAGGCCGCCAGUGCAACAUGGUUCAUGCCGUGAAACAUGGGAUUGCAACCGCAUUCUGAAUGAACC